CCUGGGAUAGUGUCCCCUUUCAAGCGCGUCUUCCUGAAAGGCGAAAAGGGCCGGGACAAGAAGGCGCAGGAGAAGGUGACGGAGAGGCGGCCGCUGCACUCGGUGUCCCUCUCCUUGCCCGACCGGGUGGAGCCAGACGUCCUCCUGAACGACUACAUCGAGAAGGAAGUGAAGUAUUUAGGACAAUUGACGUCUGUUCCGGGGUACCUGAAUCCUUCCAGCCGUACCGAAAUACUGCAUUUAAUAGACAAUGCAAAGAGAGCACAUCAGCUUCCAGGGCAGCUGACCCCAGAGCACGACGCGGUGAUCAGUUUGUCAGCCUACAACAUCAAGCUGGUGUGGCGAGAUGGCGAAGAUAUCAUUCUCAGGGUCCCCAUCCACGACAUCGCGUCGGUCUCGUACAUCCGGGACGACUCCUCGCACUUGGUGGUGUUGAAAACAGCUCAGGACCCCGGGAUUUCCCCUAGCCAGAGUCUCUGCGCCGAAAGCUCAAAAGCUCUGACUUCGGGAUCGCUCUCGGAGAGCGGCGUGGUACCUGUCGAAGCUUGCUGCCUGGUGGUCCUGGCUACGGAGAACAAAGUAACGGCGGAGGAGCUCUGCUCUCUUCUCAGCCAAGUCUUCCAUAUUGUUUACACAGAGUCCACUAUAGACUUCCUAGACAGAGCAAUAUUCGAUGGGGCCUCCACGCCAACAAGGCAUCUGUCCCUGCACAGCGAUGACUCUUCUACGAAAGUGGACGCUAAAGAUGCUUACGAAACAGAGGCCAGCACUAUCUCUUUCCCAGAGUCCCUGGAGACCAGCGGCAACUCCCCCUCUUCCUUCGCGACGCAGCCGUCUCCGCACACCAAGACAGCCAGCGAAAGUGAGCUGAGCACCACGGCGACGGAGCUGCUUCAGGACUACAUGAUGACGUUACGAACGAAACUCUCCUCUCACGAGAUCCAGCAGUUUGCCAUGCUUUUGCACGAGUACCGCAACGGGGCCUCCAUCCAAGAGUUCUGCAUCAGCCUGCGACAGCUCUACGGGGACAGCAGGAAAUUCCUUCUUCUGGGCCUUAGACCCUUCAUUCCCGAGAAGGACAGCCAGUACUUUGAGAACUUCCUAGAGACACUUGGCGUGAAGGACGGGCGAGGCAUCAUCACCGACAGCUUCGGGAGGUACCGGCGGACGGUGAGCUCCGCUUCCAACUCCACGACCAACGGCAACGGAGCCACCGGGAGCUCGGACGACCAGUCAGCUCCCUCGGAGGGAGACGAGUGGGACCGCAUGAUCUCGGACAUCAGCAACGACAUCGAGGCCCUCGGCUGCAGCAUGGACCACGACUCCUCCUGAGAUCCCGAGGUCAGGAGGGGGCGGCGGCAGCUUCCGCGCACGGCCACACACCCACGAGGCACGGGGGCCCUCCGCGGCCCUCCCUGACGCACACAGACACACACGCACACCUCGAGGGAAGAACUCCCCGGUUUGUUUCUGGGGAAAGCGGAAGGUGAAACCCCAUACGGCUCCCUUCCCCCCCUUUGCCAGUGGCUCCGUUUGGUAUCCACCCCGUGCUCACGGCCGACGGUCUCUUCUGUGAAGGUGCGAAAAGCGAGCGAGCCGCGGAAAGGGGAGUGGGCUCGGCGCGGGGAGGGCGAAGCUCCGCAGCUCUUCCCGGUGUGUCCCCCCCCUUCUCCCCCGAGCCUGAACGGUCAGAGGAGCAGGGCGGUCCGAGAGGAGGCACUCGGGCGAGCCGAGGACCUGCCGGCCACCGGGGCGCCCUCAGCCGGCCGGUGGCGUUGCACACAACAUUUCUAUUUUUUUUUAAUGAAGUUUUAACCGCAAUGUGAAUAACUUAAUAUUCCAGGUGUUGGUCAGGAAGGCGUUUCUGAUUUGGACCAGAACGUGGCCUUGGUGUCGUCCUGCUGAGGCGGUGCCGUCCCAUGGCAAAGGCCUCAGCGGACGCAGAUCUCCCCCCCCCGGCCCCAGGGGUACCCCUCGCCAACCGCUCCGUGGCGUCGGGGUCGGCUGUGUGACUUCGACCGGCUGAGUCCCGUCGGCCUGGCAGCAGCGCAUUUGCCUUCGGUGCUUGUUGCUGGGGUUGGGACAGCGCCACUUGCUCGAAAGGAGGCCCUGCGAGUGAGAACUGCAGCAGGCAGGCCCUGCUUUCCUCAGCUAGGCGGUCUGUCUCUGAGCAGGCUUCCAGCUGCAGGCCGGGCCUGACUCGGUGGGAGCCUCCCCUUAUCCCGGUCCUAAGUACGUGGAUACCUUUUGCUUUACGCAGAGCGUCGCUUCCCACGGAGGUCAGCAGUGCUGCCAUUGCUGCUUAGGGCGUUGAGGGUCUGCUCUUGUAGAGGUCUCGGGCACUGGUUCUGGGGGGAGAGGGGCUUUGGGGCUCCAGGCAGUCCCCGCAAAGGAUCGCUGCCCAGGAGGUCCCUGUCCCAGUUUGCAGCAUUUGAUAAACGUUUGUUUUUUUUCUUCCCUUUUGCGGGGGAC